CCCUCUGGGAUCUGCUUCUCUCUUUCUCUCGAUGAAGCAGGAUAUGUUCUGAUGCUUCUACUUUGCACUAGCACCUUCGUGUCGUCACUCGUCACCUUCGAUGGCCAUUUCCCAAGGACACCAGCCACGUACGCUCCUGGCGAGGUUGCUACUGGUGCAGCUCAACAUCUCACGCACGCCUAUUAAUACCGCGCGCGUGUGCUCUGCGAUUCUCAAGUUGUGAUCGCCGACCGCACGGUACUCACAAGCGAAGUUCUCUGCUUUCUUUUGAGCUAUGGCAGCUCUGGGCGCAGCACCAGCGUGCGUCCCUGCCUCCGGCGUCAGGUGCGUGCCGGCGUUUGCUGCCGCGCCGGCGCCGAUCAGGACCGCCCCGCGUCCCGCCGCCCCCCUGAAGCGACCGACGACGGGCGGCGCGAGGCUGUCGGCGAGGUUCAGGACGGCGGCGGCGACGCACAAGGUGAAGCUCGUCGGGCCCGACGGCGCGGAGACGGAGCUGGAGGUGGCGGAGGACGCCUACAUCCUGGACGCGGCGGAGGAGGCCGGCGUGGAGCUGCCCUACUCGUGCCGGGCCGGGUCGUGCUCGACGUGCGCGGGGAAGCUGGCGUCCGGCGAGGUGGACCAGUCGGACGGGUCGUUCCUGGACGACGCGCAGAUGGCCGACGGGUACGUGCUCACCUGCGUCGCCUACCCCCGGGCGGACUGCGUCAUCUACACCCACAAGGAAGAGGAGGUGCAUUAGGUAGACCAAAUCGUGGCAGAGCUUUCGUGUCGUGUCCGAAAGUUUGUGUCUUGCACAUGCAUGGUGCUGUGUAGUGGAGUAGUAUCGUUCUGAACGCUGUGUAAUUUGUUUGCUCAAA